AUGUCAUUGCUGCAUUUUUGGGAGACGCAGCGCUCCGUGAAGCGCAGAAAGACCUCUGACCAGUAUUCCGACGUCGAAGAGGCCGCCCACGCGAAGCCGCCGCCGAGUCCAAGCGCCUCCACGGGAAUUACGGAACCCAUUCCUGCUGAUGAACCUGAUGCCUAUAUCCCGAGCAGUCAGACGGAUUUGGAGACCUCCCUUCCUGCGAUAAAGUCCGAGGAAGACGCUAUUGAAGGAUACGAGGCGCUGAAGACCGAAGAUGAUGAGACGGAACCGAAGUUACACGUGAGGUUGCGGGAUGGCGUCUGGCAGAAAGGGAAAAGCUCCAUCUAUGUGGAUGCAUUCAAUCUGGCGCUGGAGACUGUGCUGGAGGACGAAUCGCAUCUCUUCCAUGAGGCUGAAAUAGAGGUAUUUAAGCAGUGGAAAGAGUUGUCUUAUGAGUCGCAAUACCUAUAUGUGCGAUUGUUCCUCCGCAAAACCUCCGCUUGGCACCGUAUCAAUCGGCUAGGCUACUAUUCGGACAUUUCAUAUCUGUCUUUAGUGGCUGCUGAUCUACAAAAGGAUCGAAGUUUGCCCCAUGGUCAAAGCCAGGACGAUGAGAAGAGCGAAUUUGGCUCUACCUUCCGGUUCGCUGGUGGAACACAAGAGAUUACUACGUUGGAAGAAGCCUCUUCUCUCCUGUUACUGGAUGAACUCAAGGGAUUCGCCAAGGAUGUUAAAGCACAGGGAAAGACCAAGAAAGACCUAGUGGCAGCUUUGUGUGAAACGAGUCAGAGCCAGACCGGUCUGGGAUUUAAGAACCAGACACACACGAACCAACCCGGUAACAGGGAUGAUCAUUUUGUACAAAAGAUUCUGGAUUACACAGGCGAAUGCAUUCGUCUCUCGCCAGCCCCGCGCGCCCUCUUCGAACGAGUCCAUCUCGUCUUUUAUAGAUCGACAGAGUGGACGGAGAAGUCACUAACAACCAUAAUUCUCGCUAAAAUCUCGAGGAGGAAUUUCCCAGAAUACGUCGUCUGUCGAUCAAACUCGAUCUUCCCAUCCAGGGCCGCACUGCUGGAAUUCGAAUCUGCAAUACGAACUCAAUUUGAAAUCGACAAUAUCUUGGAAUUCAACGGCCCUCCAAGCACGGAGGCAUUACAAAAGAUCAUAGACCUCGCAGACAAGUUCUAUCCCCGAUGGCAAUCCAUGGUCAAAGAAGAGCAGCAAAAAGAAGACUCGAUCUAUGAAAGCGGCGAAGGCGCAUACCUGCGUCGAUUCUCGCCAGCCUGGGUGUAUACGAGAAUCAUCCAUAAAAGCCUCCACCCACUCGGCCGAUUUAAAGAGCAUAAACGAGAACACGAGGUGAUCUCUGACCUUUUGGCGCAGCGACUUUUCCAUGCUGCUCGUCGUGGCGCUUGGUAUCAGCGGAAAGCACUGCUCGAAGAACACUACAUGUGGGCGCUCAUGCCCUCCGAAGGCCGCAAUGAAGACAAGCAGCGCAAGUUCUGGAAACGAAUUGCGUUGCGCACGUGUGAGGAGGGACUGGAAGACCCUAUGUGCCAUCUGAUUUAUCACUAUGAUCUCCAGAAACGGAUUAUGAAGCUGGAGAGGGCACUCAAGGUUGUCAAGAGGGAGCAGCAUGAUUUCGGACAUGUCAUGCUAAGCAAGCCCAUUGAAAGAACAAUCGAAGGCAUCCGCAUAGACCGUGAUAUCGAUGUCUCGAAAAGGGGAAAGGCGACGAUCUGGAUUGACGAACGAGAGGGCGGCGAGUGUAGAGUGGAAAGCAUGUGUCUGAGCUGGUACCGCGACCACGGGUGGAAAGGAUAUCAUUCUGAGGGAGGCAUCGUCCGCACACUGUUCGGCUAUCUGUUCUACGAUAUCUUGUUCACUUACGUCCCGAACGUCUUCCAGACUCCAUUCCAGACAUGUCCGCUCGACCUUCACACGGAUGUCUUCUACCCGUCUCGUGCGUCGGAGAUCAAUCACCGACUGGUGGAGAUUACCAAUGGCGAUGCCGAGCGCAUCAUCCGCGAGAUUCAUGAUCGGGAAUCUGCUGCUCAGCCAUGUGCCAUUGGGAUCGACUGGUCGUUUGAACUGGAUGACCUGGUUGAGAUUGUGCAAUGCUUCCGUGGCGAGGCAUUGGCGACUAUAUGCAAAGUCAUGGCUCAGGAGUAUCAGCAGCGAGGCGGAGGGAUUCCGGAUCUCUUUCUGUGGAAGCCUGAAGAGCGGAUUGUUAGAUUUUCGGAGGUCAAGUCGGAGAAUGAUCGUCUGAGUGAUACCCAGCGGCUCUGGAUUCACAUUCUCAUGUCGGCUGGUGUCCAGGUCGAGUUGUGCAAUGCGGUAGCGAGGGAGGUCAGGACGGAGUGA